AUGGAGAAUACCAAUGGAAAUUCCAAAAAGGCUCUUGCUAUUACUGUCAACAAGAGUGAUAAAGUGAACUUACCUGUUAGCAUAUCAUUAUUUGGCUUUUCCAUCGAUUCUUGGUCGACUUCGUCGCAGUUUAUGGCAAUGUCUAGCGGUGUUUUAGCUUGCUACUUAAUUUAUGGAUACAUUCAGGAGCGAAUGUUUCUCAUCAAAGGUUUCAAACAAUAUGGAUGGUACUUAACCCUUGUUCAGUUUGGCUAUUACACAAUAUUUGGUGCAAUAGAAAUGCAGCUAAAAAAUCCGAUUGCGCGAAAGAGGCGAAUACCACUGCGUAUUUAUGCGAUUAUUGCAUUUUUAACUGUAGCAACUAUUGGCUUAUCCAAUACAUCUUUAGGAUAUUUAAAUUACCCAACUCAGGUAAUAUUUAAAAGUUGUAAGCUCAUACCUGUCAUGAUUGGUGGCAUCCUGAUUCAAGGGAAAAAGUAUACUCUUGCGGAUCUCGUUGCAGCUCUUUUGAUGUGUGUUGGUCUAAUUCUGUUUACCUUAGCAGAUAGUAAAGUUUCACCAACAUUUGAUUCCUUUGGCGUUAUUCUAAUUUCUUUGGCUUUAUGUGCUGAUGCGGCUAUCGGUAAUGUACAAGAAAAAGCAAUGAAAGGAUACAAUGGCACCAACUUAGAGAUGGUAUUUUACUCGUUUUCCAUUGGGUUCGUAUACAUUUUUAUGGCUCUAUUUAUCACUAAUCAGUUGGGACCGGCAUUUCGAUUUUGUAGUCAUAAGGCAUUGACCAUUUAUGGCUUUGCCGCAAUACUCUCCUUUACGGGCUAUAUUGGUGUUAACAUGGUUUUAACAUUAGUUCGUGUAUUUGGAGCCCUCAUGGCAGUCACGGUUACCACAUUCCGGAAGGCGAUAACUGUCGUUUUAUCGUUUCUCUUCUUUGAAAAGCCAUUUACAAUACAGUAUGUAUGGUCUGGCUUGAUCGUAUUAUUAGGAAUAGCUUUAAAUAUUUAUAAAAAGAAUAAGUCAGUAAUUGAUGACUGGAUUAAUGCCAAACUUCGUAAGACUAAACUUUUUAAACAAAAAUCUGUCGCUGAACAAGUUUUACUUAAAGUCUAA